AUGGCCCUGCAGUUGCAGGCUCUGAGCUUUCUCCUGGUGCUUGUAUCUCUGCUGGCAGCACAGGGCCAGGAAGAACCCAAUCCCAAGGUCCAAGGAGAGUCCUGGGAAACAGAAACGUGCCAAAGGCCCCGGUGGGACUCAAGACUCCGGCUGGCACCAGACCAGGACAAUUACAAGAAGAAUGAAGAAGUGAUGCUGAGCUGCCCUGAGGGUUUCCAGCCGUCCUUCACUGAAAUAAAAUGUUCGAGUGAAGUCCAGUCCAUCAGUCAUGGGAAACCUGUAUACAGAGAAGUUUGGCGUGGAAGGGACAGCAGAGGUGGCUGGGUCCGCAUUCGGUCCAACGUGGAGUGCAUUGAGGUCCUCCAGGUUGUCCCCGGGACCUUGGAGAUUUCCAGCACCAGCAUCAAACUGAACUGGACCUGCAGGCUCCCUGACGCCUGCCAGCGCAUGCGGGCCACGUGCCGUCUGGCAGGGCCUUCCUCCCCUCCCUGUGAGGCUGAAGAGGUGAAAGGAGAGGAGACGCUACACGGCCAGAAGGGAACAUUCACCUGUCCCCCUCUGCAGCCCUUCACUGACUACAGUGUCACCAUCUCCCUGCCGCCCAGCACGGUCCUUUUCACAUGGUUGGUCAGGACAGAGGAAACAGUGCCGGACAAACCAGAGAAGCUGUGGCUGGAUCCCAACACGGGGUCCCUCCGGUGGAAGCCGCUGCCCUCCUGCAAAGGGGAGAUCAUCGGAUACCAGCUGAACAUCACGACGAGGAGCGCACGGGAUGGCAGCUUCCUGGAGAUGGAGCGGCUGCGGCUGAACAGCUCCGUCACUGAGUACCCGCUGCCUGAGCACAGCCCCGGCAGCAGCUACGUGGUGACGAUGCAGGGACUCACGGCCGCCGGAGCCGGGGCUGCGUCGCUGUGGGAGUUUCAGACCAACAGCUGGGACACCCCGCGCCCUCUUGACAUCAGCUGCCACAGCGUCCGUGACAUCUCCCCAUCCCAAGGGACGGCCGUGCUUCCCCUCCGCCCCAUCGCCCCUCACCCCGAGGUGGCGAGGGAGCACCAGCUCAUCGUGGCCGCGAUGCGCAAUGGCACGGCAGUGGAAGGCGCCUGCCUGGGGGAGCCGCAGCCCUUCAACACCAGCCAGCAGCCCAGCACCUACGUGGCCGCCGUGCUCAACCUCACCGCCCCCAUGGACUUUGUGCUGGGCAGCGGGACCCACGGGCAGGGUUACCACAACGCUGCCCUCCGGCCGGGCUCAGACUACAUGGUCCUUCUCCGUCUCGUCCGCCGCUCGCAGCAGGCAGAGAAGUUCACCUGCGUGUGCUACAGCUUCUCUGUUGUUGCAGGGCAGCCUCCGGCCCCAUGGCGUGGGACUGUGAUUGGCGUGGUUGUGCUUUUGGCACUCCUCCUCCUGUCUGUGAAGGUGGCCAGGCUGGAGAUUAGUCACUCCAGCCCCUGCCCAGGACCACAGGAGACAUUCAGAGCAGUGAAGGAGCGGAGAAGAUGGGGAGGAUGA